UUUCUCAGCCCCGCGACGGCGAGUGAGAAAAAAGAAAUACAAAAGAAUGGCGCAGGCGGGCGUUCAGGUCGAGCGGCACCUGUCGUGCCCCUCGUGCAAGCGCCGCAAGAUCAAGUGCGACCGCAAGCACCCGUGCAGCCAAUGCGUCGUGCGCGGCGAGGAGGCGCAAUGCCAGGAGCUUGUCCGGUACAAUGCGCUCUCGCUGGCCUCGCCGCUCGACUCGCUCGCGGCCGCCGCGACGGCCUCGUCGUCCUCGAAGCGCGCUUCGACGGGGCCGACGGGGCCAACGACGGAGGACCGAAAUGCCGCGUCUUCCUCGACGGGCACGGAUGCGGGUGCGUCGAUGUCGCCGUCGUCUACGAGGCUGCUGGAUCGGAUGCUGCAGCUCGAGGCCCGUGUCUCGCGGCUCGAGGGGGGCGGGGCGGGGCCCUCGUCGAGCAGCGCCGACGGUCCAAAGGUUCCGCAUAGCAAGGGGCUGGCCGCUCAGGCAGAGGAGGGCGAGCGGCACGAUCCAGAGGCGUAUUUGAUGGUCGAGGACGUCGCCAUGGGUGGACGACGCGAGAAGCGGGCCAGGCUGGCGAUGGACGCCUUUCCCUCUUCGACGUCGUCGUCGUUGCGCUCUUCGCCUGUGCCUCGCCCCCUGCCGCAUAACCACACGGUCAAGACACCCACGCUGGCACCCACGCCGACAGCGGCGAGCACGGCCACAUUGACAAGGACCAAGCUGGCGCGUGAUCGCAAGCGCGCAAGGAAGGGCACAGGGGCAAGCAAGAAGCCGAGAAAGGUCGACGACAUUGAUCGCAUUCUAGCACUGAUGCCCGAUGCGGCCACGACGAGGAUCUUGAUUGACUUCUACUUCCAGGACCUUGAUUGGAUCUUGAAGAUUCUCGACGAGGAGACAUAUCGAGCAGAGAUCGAGGCCUUCCUCGAAGGGCACCGGCCAGCGUCGACCCUGGAUGCCGGACUGCUGGCGUGCCACCUCGUCAUUCUUUGCCUGGGUUUCCACCUAUGCUCGCGCGAGAAGCUCGUUGCGCUAGGCUACACGGCUCCCAUGGCGACUCAGCAGGCCGCAACGCUGUUCGAGGCCAGCCGGCAUGUCCUGCUCCACGAAUGCCGCUUCCUUAGCGGCGGGCCAGCGCGCGUGGACGACGUGGCGUGCGUCGCCAUCAUGUCUCUCUACCAGUACGACGAGGUCGGCGAGGGCCAGGGCGAUGCCGCAUGGGUGCUCCUCGGUGCAGCCAUCAAGAAUGCCCAGAUCCUCGGCCUGGCAGACGUCGACGGCAAGGGCAAGGGCGCAGCAAAGCCCAUUGCGCAUCCUUACCGGCAGCGCGCCAGGAGGCUCUGGUGGUUCCUCGUCUGGCUCGACUGGUCUCACGCCACCGGUCAUGGAUCCAAGUAUGCAUGUCACCCGGAACAAAUGUCAACGAACUAUCCCAUCGACACAAUGUCUCUCAAUGGCGAAGACGACGUCGCGCCGCCAAACCUCUACACGCCCAAUGGCUUCUCCAUCCAGCGCAUCCGCCUCGUCGAGCUGUAUCGCGAGGCAGUCGACCUGCACAACAAGCAAGGAGGCACACUGAGCCUCGAGUCGACAUGGGCACAUGACAGCCUCGAUGAAAAGCUGAAGAAUAUUGUCAAGACAAUGCCGUCGCACUUUAUGGCGCCUCAAAAUGGCAACUUCAUCUCGCGGCAGCACGCCUUUGAGUCAUUCAUGCUUCGACUUAAUGUACAGAACCGCUUCCUGCGUCUCCACCGGCCUUUCCAGCUCGUGGGCAGCGGCAAGACAAAGGGCCAAGGAGGCGAGCUGACGCCCUCGCAGCGUCGGUGCUACGAGUCUGCGUCGGCCAUCGUCGACCUCCUCCAGGAAGCGUCCGAGUCGCAGGUGGCAAGCCUGCUCAGGAUGUGGAUCGUCAGCCUCUAUGCGCUGGGCGCCGCUCUCUCGCUCUUUGUCGCCCUCUGCCAACGCGACUCGAUGGAGACGAGACAGCGGCUUGAGGUGCUGCUGAACCUCUUUGAGGCCAACAAGGAGGGCAGCCAGACGUGCAACAACGCAUACAGGCUUCUCAGAGCGCUGAGGGCAGUCGAACUGAGCCACAGGAGGGUCAACAAGGCAGACGAGAUCUUUGGCAAGGUUGUUGCCAGGUUCCUGAAAGAGGGCGAGGAGAGUCGUGACGAGGAGAGCGAGGACGACGAUGACGAAAACGACGACGAGGGAGCACACGAGGAUGGUGCAGGAGCACACAACGGAGCAGAAGCAUUCGCAGGAGCAGAGGAGGGCAAACCGGACCAUCAACAGCUGCAUCAGCAUCUCUUGUCGCCGCAUAACCAGCACCCAUAUUCGUUCUCCAGUCCCCACCACCAGCUUCAGCAGCACCAGGACUUUGCGCCUAUCCACGUGCCCGAUGUCUUUUCACUCGACUUCGAUGCGCUCCAGUCAAUGGGUCUCGUCGUUGGGGAUGGGCAGAUGACUAAAGACAUCAUGCGCGUCGUCAUUGUUGGUUGCGGCUUCUCUGGCAUCACCACGGCCAAGACGCUCCUCGAGCUGGGCCACGAGGUCGUCAUCUUCGAAAAGUGCCCCGACGUCGGCGGAGUAUGGUCCAAGACACGGCGCUACCCCGGCUUGGCCACUCAGAACACCAAGGACACCUACUGCCUUUCGGACCUGCCCAUGCCGUCGCACUACCCGGCAUGGCCCGCUGGGGAGCAGGUGCAGGCCUAUCUCGAGGCAUACGUUGCCAAGCACGACCUCCAAAAAGUCAUCAAGACUUCGAACGAGGUUGUUGAGAUGGUUCGAUCAGACGAGGCCAACUGGCUCGUCAAGACGAGCGACGGCCAGACGACAAAGGCCGACCACGUCGUCGUGUGCAACGGCAUCUUCAGCGAAGGCUACGUGCCAGACUACCCCGGAAAGGCGGAAUUCGAAGCCGAGGGAGGUCAAGUGCUGCACACGAGCCAGGUCAAUGCGGAUCUCAGCCGGCUGGCGGGUAAGAAGGUGGCCGUUGUCGGUUACGGAAAGAGCUCGUGCGACGUCGCAUUCGCCAUCAGCAAAGUCGCGUCAUCAACCACUGUCAUCGCUAGGAGACUCAUCUGGAAGCUUCCUCGCAAGAUUCGUGGAUUGACCUACAAGUUCUUGCUCUUGACUAGGCUCGGAGAGGCCCUCUUCGAAUACAUCAAGCCCUCAUCUUCUGUCGAGCGGUUCUUGCACGGUGCUGGAAAGGGCUUGAGGAACUCGGUCGUCGAUACGCUUGAGUGGGUCGUCAAGGGCCAGCUCAAGCUCGAAAGGCUUGGACUGGUGCCCGAGGGCUCCUUCGAAACCAUUGCUCGUUCCACCAUCUCGCUUAGCACCGAAGGUUUCUACGAUGCCGUGCAGCGCGGCCAGAUCGCUGUCAAGCGUGACAGCAAGAUCGACAAGCUCGUCGCGGGCAAGGGUGUUCUCCUCGACGACGGCUCCCUCGUCGAGGCCGAUGUCGUCAUUUGUGGCACAGGUUUCCGACAGGACCCACCGCCGUUUCUGCCAGAGAAGAUCAGGAACACGUUGACGGACGAGGCGGGAAAUUGGCUCCUCUACCGACACAUCAAGCCCAUCUUUGUUGACGACGUCACUUUCAACGGCUUUAACUCGUCGCUCUUCUGCCCGACAUCGAGUGAGGCGGGCGCGCUGUGGAUCGCUGCGUACCUCGCGCGGGGUAAUUCCAUGCUGCCCGAGACGAGGGAAGAGCAAAUGCGUGAGACGCGCGAGAAGCUCGACUGGCUCGAGGAGCGAUCCAAGGGCAAACACGCCCACGGCACCAACCUUGUUCCCUUCAGCUUGCAUUCGAUUGACGACACGCUGCAAGACGUUGGUGUUGACCUGUCCAGGUGGCAGAGAUUCAAGCAGUGGCUGCUGCCGGUCGACCCUACAGCAUACAAAGGUCUUGUUGGACAAUUGCGAAAGAAGCUCGACCAGGAGGGGAGCCUGGCGAACUGA